AUAAAAGGCUUCAAGGCGCACUUCUCAUGAGAUCGAGUACGCGCAGAGCCAGAAGAUACAGCGUGCGGCUGUUUGUAAAUAACUGUCCGGGAACAGCGAAAAAGCACUUUUUGGACAUCAGCUGUCAAGGGAAAACACCUGUCGACUUGACGCUGCCCUGCACGACUACAAGCUCCUAAAGCAGAACAUGAGCGUGGGCUUCACCGAACCUUACCGAAACCUCAAGUCCCUCCGCUCCGAAAGCGACUUCUACACGGCGGCGACCGCAGACGUGGGCUCGCUGAAACUCGCCUCUCCGGAGCUGGAGAGACUCAUCAUCCAGAACGGUAACGGUGUCAUCACAUCACCCACCCCGGGGCAGUAUCUGUACACCCGGAGCAUCACAGAGGAGCAGGAGGGCUUCGCAGACGGCUUCGUAAAGGCGCUGGACGAGCUCCACAAAAUGAACCAAAUGCCCCCGCCGAACGUGUCCAUCGGGGCCGGCGGACUGUCGUCCUGCUCGGCGGCUUCGUCCGUCUUCGGCGCCUCCCUGCAGCCGGAGACCCCCGUGUACACCACUCUAAACAGCUGCAAUCCCAACACUAACCUCACGCCUGCAAACAACUACCCGACAGCCACCAUCAGCUACCUGCCUCACCACCACCACCAACAGUACCAUCACCACCACCAAGCCACGACGCACCCUCAUCACUUUCAGCACUCGCUCCAUCCGCAGCGACUCGUUUCGCUCAAAGAGGAGCCACAGACCGUCCCCGACCUGCAGAGCAGCGACGGCUCUCCUCCCAUGUCCCCGAUCGACAUGGAGGACCAGGAGCGCAUCAAAGCGGAGCGCAAGAGGCUCAGGAACCGGCUGGCGGCCACCAAGUGCCGGCGACGGAAGCUGGAGCGCAUCUCCAGGCUGGAGGACAAAGUGAAAAUCCUAAAGUCGGAUAACGCCGGACUGUCCAGCACCGCCUCCCUGCUGAGGGAGCAAGUGGCCCAGCUCAAGCAGAAGGUCAUGACCCACGUGAGCAGCGGCUGCCAGCUGAUGUUAACGCCGAAGAUCAAGUCGUUUUAAAACGAACUGCGAUCACACGGACAAUGACAAAUGGGAAACACUGGAAGAGCAGACCAUGUUUGUGUGUUUUGAUGCAAAUGCAAUUGCAGCACUGAGUACGAGCGUUGUAUAUUUCUUAAGUGUUUUCUUGUAGAAAACUAUAGUGUUAUAAUAAUUGUCUUCGAAAGCAUCUUGAGCGACAAGGUACUUCCAACUGGACAAUGAAAGCACUUGAACCUGAGUAACUUUGGUUUUGUUGUUAAGUGCUGCCCUAUGAAAACAUUCCAGUAAGUUAUUGAUAUUGUGAGUCAGGUUGAUCCAGACCUUUACAUGUGUUUCUGUUUGUUUUGUUUAUAUUUUGUUUUUUAUAUUUAAGUAAAAAUGUUGAAAAUAA